AUGAGCGACGACGUCGUGCGCGUUCAUCUCCGCACGCGUCCUCGCCGCCGCAGUCGCAGCAGCAAUGCGGUAUUGAGCACGUUACCUUCUGCAUCUUCUCCUACUGCUGCUACUGGCAAUAUGCGCGCUGAUCGCAGUGCAAGCUAUGAAGAAGCGCCGCAUACGUCGCUCUUGUCUCGCGACGUCGUCGAGCUCCGACGUUGUACGUCAGCAGAAGCCAUUGUAGGCAGCUCAAGACGUCUCAGUCGCUCAGGAUUUUACCCAUUCGGCCAAAAUGUUCAAGAAAGCGCUUCGCAUCAAUUGCACAAGAGCACGGGUCCGCGGUUUCAUGCGGGCGCAAGCGCUCCGGCGUCUUCUUCCGCAUCACUGCGGGGCCACGCAAGCUUCUCGAUGGACGAUGUGAAAUCAGCCAAUGAGUCGCUGGAUGAAGACAGUGUUUGUGGUGUUGAUUUUGAUGCUGCUGAUGGUGGUGGUGGUAGAGCGACGAGUUUGGAGGAUCGAAAUACCGUGGCUGAUGGUGGACGACUUACAAGGAAUAUGCUGGGAGAUUCUACUAAUGGGAGGAAGAGCAGUGGUACUGAAAGGUUUCGAAGAGCUUCGUCGCUGGACGCAAGUCCGCCGUUACCUCCAGACAGCACGAUAUCGGCAGAGGAAGUGAUUCGUGAGAGCUUGGCGAGUGCACUGAACUCGUCGUUGUAUACGGACAAGGAUGAUUUUCGAUUGCCCCAUCAACGACGGUCGCAUGCAGUGGGUAAUGGGACGUUUACAUUCAUUGAUCGGGAUUCGUUUGCCAUGUCAAAGCGAUCGCGGGACAGUUUAGCCUUCUCGUUCUCGAGUCGUAGUACGUUUCGACGGAGUACUAUAUCGGAGUUGAUGCUGUAUGAGACGGAUCUGUUUGAACCGGAGCGUGAGCUGAGUGCUCGAGAGCUUUCUGAAGUGCUGAGCGGGUCAGAUGACGAUGUCAAUGCUUACGAAGUUACGAGUAUAAAGGAGGAAGAGGAGGGUAUCAAGCUCGAGAAUGCCAAGUCUCGCUGGGCACAGCACGUCAAAUUAAAGGCACGGGGUUUUCUGAAUGCAACAGUAGCUGGCAGCAAACAUGGAACAUCUAGCGAAAGCAGCGGUGGUGGUGACAUGACACCGACUGCGCCAACGUCGGCAGAGAUCUGGGCGAACAAGCAGAAGCAGAUACUCGCGCAAAUAAGUAAUGGUAGUGGAUACGCUGUGCUCUCUUCGUCUACAAACCGUCAUUCUUUGCUGCCCCCGCUACCGUCGUUUGGACCAGCAGCACAUGGUGGCGCCAAGUUUCAGAAGUGGAACCGAUGGAUGCAUGAUCGAUAUCAGCACAAUUUCGGCAAAGUAAUACAGCGUGCCUAUAAGGACGGAGUUCUGCAACGGGAGCAACAGCAAUUUGCGUUUCCACCACACCAGCCGAUUCCUGACCCAACUACUCUUAUUUCCAUUGAAGAAGUCAUCAGCAACCCACGAAUGAUGCGCUACUAUGCCGCAUGGCUUUCUGAUCCUGCGGAUCAGAGUAAGUUGUUCUUCCUCUGUUCAUUUGAGGAGUAUCGUCAAUUUUGGUGUACGUUGCGUGCUAACAACCAGCGACAGCCUCUUGCGAAAGACGAUGUGCUAAUGUUACGCACGUACGGUGUCAAGAUCGCGAUGAAGUAUCUGGCGAAAAAUGCCCAGUUUCCGAUCAAUGGUCCUGCUAGUGCUGACACCGUAGAGGAUGGCAGUGACGAGCCACCGCUUGUGGAACCUAACAGGUUGCGCUCCAUCAAACGCGAUCUAGCGGCCGGGGGUGAAGAUGCACUUCGCACGUUUGAUGAUGUUGCCGUGAAAGUGAAACGAUUACUAAUGUUUAAGUUUCCUGAGUUUCGUAAAACGGAGCUUUAUGCUGAGAUGCAGAAGACAGUGGAGCGUGAAGUCAUUUGCCUUGAGGACAUACUGAUGAACCACCGGUUUGGUAACUUUUUCUGGAUUUUUUUGUUCCCGCACAACUACCACCGCGAGAUUGCAUUGUGGCUGGAUGUCGAAUACGAGUUUAAACCGGCGUUUCGCAUAUAUAUGUCGAUGCUCAAGGCUAGCAGCAGUUCUCGAAGUGCUGCAUCAUCUAGUAGCAACCAGCGCCGCGAGCGCAUUGAGCAGUCCGCGUACCGCUGCAGGAGGUUGCUCAAGUACAUUUCGCAAAAAUACUAUGCUGGAGACGCUGAAAUGCAGACUUUGUCGCGCACACUGGUGACAUCCUGUGCUCGGCUUCAGGCAGAGCAAGACGCGAUCUUGACAAGAUUUAGUCUCAUUCAUCUGGAGUUGUAUCAUCGCUUUCUGACAAGCCGUGCUUACGCUGAAUUCUCGCUAUAUCCAAAACUAUCGUCUGAAGACGAGAAAGACUCUAUCGAUGAUUUCAUGCGACUCUCGGCCCUGCUGUUGAGUUAUGGUUUGCGUGCACAUCAUUGGGCUGGUGGCAGCUCAAGCUCUUCGUCGUCGCCGUCCAGUACGCGCGAAGCUGAUGCAACAACACCGAAGAAGAAAACUCUUGACUCACUGCGUACAGCGCAAAGCUUUGACGCUGUGUCGGGCGUGCUCACUUUCGAAGCUGUAUCUGUGCCGCUGAUGGAUGAAGAAGCAGAAUAUGGCGCUGACAACGGCGGUGGAUUUGAAGACCCGAUCGAACUGCACAUUGUACAGCAUCAGCUGCCGCAUGACCCAGCAAUACACGUUGUGGACAAAUCAAUCGAGAAUUUCCUUGUUCCUUGGUGUGCAGACCCUAGGCAUGUGGUUGUUACAGCUUCGUCUUGUCCAGCACCUCUUGCGUUCAACUUUCGCAUGGGCGACAGUAGUGCUGGCGCCUCGGCUGCUGAGUUCUUUGCGGCUUGCAUUGUUUUGUACAAACCAGCACCACCAUUAUCGCGGCGGGUACUGGAGACAUCCCGAAUAGCUAUUUCAAGUAGUUGCCGAUGGGUGCCUUACGGAGUAUGUGUGUUGUCAAAGUUUCCAAUGGUGGAUCUCCUGCGAGAGCGUCUUGCAGAAGCGUACGAGUACAUUCUUGAGCUGGAGACUAUCGCUGCUGCUACUACUCCAAACAUUGACGCCGACAGCUCAACGACAAUCCGAAAUGGUGGACAAGGUUUUCAGCUGGACAAGAGGGUGCUUGCCAAGUUAACCCGAGCUGUCUCAAAGGAACACAUUUCACAAUACCACAAACCAUCACCAUUGCCGGAGUCCCCGCUACUCGAAUCCUCCGGCUUGGUUCCGAAAGCCACAGCCGCAUCACUGCUUGCAUCUCUUCCACGUUUGGACCACUCUGUCCGUCUACUGUUCGACACGUUGGAUGUGUCCACCGUUCUCCUUGUCUUCACUGCGGCCUUAUUGGAGAAUCGGAUUUUGCUGGUGUCCUCGUAUUUAUCAGUGCUCAUGAAGGUUGCGGAAUCUCUGCGAGCACUCAUGCACCCCCUGUCCUGGCCUCACGUGUACCUUCCUGUUCUUCCACGUCGAAUGCUACAGUAUCUCGAGUGUCCGACGCCUUUCAUCUUCGGUGCUGAAAAGCAAGCACUGGACGACGCGCAACACCAAGUUAUUGAGGAGGGUGGUGAUGAUCUUUUUGCCGGAGCCGGUGAGGAGUUGUUGGUUGUGGACUUGGACAAGGGGGCUGUUUUACGUGGAGAAGUACCCUGUGCUCUUCCCGAUAGUGUACGCUUUGGUCUGCGCGACGCACUUUAUGAGUGUCUGAAACCAAACGUGAGUCGCAGUGACCAUGUGUUUGCACAUCACUUCCCGAGUAAGCCUCUGGUGUUUCCGGAGAUUGCCGUCCGGGGGCUGUUCUUACGGACUAUCAAUAAGCUGAUCGGCGACUUUGGCUACCAUCGAUACGUUUGGACGGAUGAGUUCGCGCGUAAGCGGACUGUCUUCUUUGACGAGGCCAGCUACCUCGCGGCUUCCACACCUGAGAUGCGCGACUUCCGAAUACUGUUUAUUGCUACGCAGGCCUUUUCCGAAUUCAUGGUCACACAUCACGGCUUCGAGGAACAACCAGGCCAGUCCAAAAUCACUUCGGGGCCCUUCGGAUCGUCUUCCUCGACAUCGUCUACGACGUCUUCUUCCUCGGUGUCAUCCCUGCCCCAGUAA